AUGGCGGCCAUCAGUUUAAGCCAGGAAUUUGCCAGUCCAGUAGCAGCGGCCAGGUUGUUCAAGGCCUUGAUCCUAGACUCCCACAACCUCAUCCCCAAGCUCAUGCCUCAGGCCAUUAAGAGCAUCGAAAUCAUCCAUGGCGAUGGAGGCGAAGGAAGCAUCAAGCAGAUCAAUUUUGCUGAGGGUACUCGUUACAAGUACAUGAAGAACAGAAUAGACAUCCUGGACGUCGAGAAUUUGGUGUGCAAGUACACACUGAUUGAAGGAGACGUGUUGGAGGACAAGAUUAAGUCUAUUGCUUACGAGGUGAGGUUUGAGGCUUCUCCUAAUGGUGGUUGUACUUGCAAGAUGAUGAGUGAGUACCAGGCUGCUGGUGACUUUGAGAUCAAUGAGGAAGAAAUCAGGGGUGGCAAAGAAAGAGCAAUGGGCAUGUACAAGGUUGUUGAAGCUUACCUCUUCGAAAGUCCCGGUGCCUACGAAUAG